AUGAAAAAAUAUAAAAAAUCGGAUUUAAAAGCUCAGACAAUUGUUUUAUUUUUUUAAAAUUAUUAUUCGUUCUGCUUUGGAUUUCAUAAAUCGGAACUUAUCAAAAUAAUUAAAGCAUUUAUUCUAUUAGAUAAUUCUAUUAACCCCUCUUUGAUAACCGCAAAAAUGAAAAAGUCUUAAAUAAUUUAAAUGAAACAUAAUAUCAUAACACUCAUAUUAUCAUUAUUGCUUGUCUCCUCAUAGGCUUAAUUAGAAAAUAGACAACACAGAGAGCAAACUAGAACAUUUAUUUAGAAUUUUACACAGGAAUUCUUAAAUUAAUAUACAGCUAUUUCAGCUAAGGGUAUGGAUUUUGAUCUGGGAAUUGCUGGGCUCCUUUUUGACAGUUUGAGAUCAAAGGUAAAUUUUCACAAUUUUGCUGAAUUAAAAGUAAAUUAUUAAAUAAUAUAAUAAGGUGGAUUUUGACUUGAAUAAUGACAUUUUAAAAUUUAAAGCACCUACUUUAAACAUUUAUCUAGUGGUGAUAGAGAAUAAAUUUGUGAUCCCUUUAAAACUAGAAGAGUAUUUAUGUAUGAAUAAUUAAGUGUGUUUGUGUCGAUGAACUUCAAUUUUAGUUCAAAUUGGUUCAGUUGUGAAAAGGUUUUGAUCGAUUAUACGUCAGUUUCUUUGGACUUAAAAGUCUUAAAAAGUUUAUUGGAUGAGUAGUUCAUAACAAAAUAUUUGGAUGGGAAUAUCCUACAAAAAUAUAUUAAUAGCAGUGUCCUGAAAUAUAUUAGUGGGGAUGCUCUAGUGGAUUUGUUCAUCAAAUUUUUCUUAUCUUAGAACAUAAUAAAAGAUUUUAUCAAGAAAUCAGAGAUUCCAAUAAGAAAUUUCCUCAACGAUGCAAUUAGAGUAUAAAUUUAUUCUCAUAUUAAAGAGCAAUCAUAACGAAUUAAAAGGAUUAAUAAAUGAAAUGAAAACUGGUUCGUUGAAUGCAAGAGAACUCGUUUAUGACUUACCAAAAUUCUCAUUCGUCAACUGGGAAAAUUAGGAAUUAAUUAUCAACCUGAGAAGGAUUUAGAAAAAGAAGACCUAUCUUUGAUUAUACUAUUACAUAUG